AUGGCGACACCCACAAUCACUUCUUCGGGGGAGCCAGCGCCGCCAAAGCGGACGCCAGAUACCCUCUUUGCAUUCAACUCAUGCUUCUGUCUCGACCAUGUUGAAAACCGGGACGAAUGGGCGCUUCGGCGGGGCGACCUUUGUUUCUUUUUCGGCAACAUGAUUGUGCUGAUCGACAACGACGGCGAAGAAUACGAGUACUCCGAACCCCUUGUCGGUGAAGAACACACCCGCAGUUUCGUGGAAGAGGUAUUCCACGAAGAUCCCGCUGCGAAGUUCUACGUGGAUCGGUUCAUGGACAAGUGGAAAAUGUGGGAAAAGCGUCGCUCCAAGGCAGAAACUUCAUACCAGUCGACCAAGAAAGAUGAUGACGCGUCUACCCUCCCCAAGCCGGAUGACGCAUCUACCCUGUGCGAAGACGGGAACGAUGUUUCCAAUGGUACAGACCAGCAAAAGCCGAGGCCAUUCUUCAGGCACCGCUCCUUCUUCUGUCCCGGCCCUGUCGAUGAACGACACGAAUGGGAGCUCCUCCCGGGCGAUCUUGGUUUUUUCCUGGAUGGAAUCGUCGCGAUCAAGGCUGACGGCGAGGAAACUGUUGCCAAGACCGACAAGGAACGUUAUGACCUUCUCGAUAAGAAAUGCUAUGGCGAAGAAGUCGUCGUUUUCCUUACCGCCGGACGAGAAGAUGCGGAUCCCUCCCCCAAAGGGGACGCGGGAUCCGGCCAGGAUGAUGAAGAUGGAGAUGACACAACUCAGACCAGCGGGGAUGAUGGCGAGAAUAAUGGAAACGUUGCAUCUGAAGACGACAUGCCGGCCGCUGAACAGCUCACGAAGAAGCGGAAGACUCACGGCGACGAGAUGCGAGCCGCAAAGAAACGAUGA